UUGCCUUCAACACGGGCGAGCGCGCCGCCAUAAUGGCUCAGGCCGCAAAGAGCGUCCCAGAUCUCGUGGGGUACAUCGCCAGGUGUUACGACGAAAUCCCGGCAAAGGCGAUAUACGCGAUGGACUCCGGAGAGCGUCGGACGAUCGAGUGCAAGAGCGGUGUGCAGCAAGGAGAUGAAAUGGGACCGCCCCUGUUCUGCUUCAUCCUAGUCCCGAUAGUCUUGAAGCUUAAGGCCAAGUACGACCACCUCGGGGUAAGCUUGAAAGCUUAUAUGGACGACAUCAGCCUGCACUUCAAAAAUAUCACAGCGGAAAAUAUUCAGGUGAUACCGGACCUCGUCGACGAACUAGAAGCUGUGGGCACCAUCGUCAACAGGGGGAAGAGCUCAGCGCUUCCCCCACCAGGGCACGACGUGACGCCAGCAGAAAGGAGGCUACUUGGCGAUGCAGGCCUACCGAUUGCGGAGGAGGGCAUCACAGUUGUGGGAGUCCCCAUUGGGACGGAUACCUACGUCGAGGAUUUCGCAAUGAAAGUGAUAAGUGAAGGGGGUGCAGACAAGCAUGCUCGCAUGCUGGUGCGCAUACCAGACAAACAGAUGGCUCACGUCGUCACAUCACAAUCGCUGACACAGCGAUCCGGAUAUAUCGAGAGAGGCAUCAAUCAUAAGCUAGUGAAAGGGGCUUGUAAACGCCUGGACAAUAUGGUGAUGUGGGUCCUAGAGGCAACGAUGGGGCUCAGAGAUACCGAAGUCGAAGAAGAGUUCUUCCAAGACGACUGCCAGCCUGACCGCUUCAAGUUAAAGCCCUAUCAACAAGCCCAGGCGCGCCAGUCGAUAGGAGCCCGGGGACUAGGAUUACCAGCAGCCGUUAUGCGAAGGUUCUCAGCUUCUCUGGGCAACCUAGUCGGCACCCUUCCUGCGGUUAUAGCCGCGUUACGGGGUCCAUUGGGAGAGUCGGCGAGAGUUCGGAUACCGGGAACCGUGUUGAUGGAGCGGAUUGGGGACGCUAUCAAAGAACUCAACCAGGAGCAUGGAGUAUCGGUGGAGAUUCUGAAGGGGAUCCUUCCCCCGUCAUGGGUUGAGUGGGCCUUAGAACCGGCAGGAGAAACCGGAAGGCGUCAGCCCACCGUUGCAGAACUGGCAGCACACGAUGGGGAAUCUACUACGCCGAGGAACGCCCAGCACAAACUGGGCAUGGCGGUUAACAAGAUACAACUUGAAAAGUUCAUGGAGUUUCUGGAGCACCUCCCUCAGGAGGCGGUACCACCCACGAGGGACAACCCCUACGGAGGUCAAGAG